GAGGAGAAGCCUUACAAGUACCCGAUGAAAGAGAUGAGCCAAGGCAUGUUAGAUGAAGCUGACUUACUGAAUACAGAAUUGGAGCCCCCCCGCUAUGCCGAACAGCAAUGUCUCCGCAGAGGCCGAAAGAAGAAAGUUGAUGAUGAAGAUGAUGAACCCCUGAGCAACAUGGUAACUGCAGAUGAGAUGAUGUUGGAGAUGGAGGACCACUGCAGGCGAGAGAGUGUUGAGAAGCCCAGGAAGGAAAAAGGAGGCAAGAAAACAAGGAAGGAGCUGGAAAAGGAGCUCGCUGAGGAGCUGGGCAUGGACCAUGAAGAAGGAACCCAGGAUGAAGAGGAGGAUGAGGAGGAGGAGGAGAAGUCUUUCGAAUACACUGUGCAGGUCCGGAAGAAGACGGUGAUAGUGAAGAAGAACGAGGACCAUGAUGCAGGUCGGCCAAAGAGAAGCAAAGGCAAAGGCAUGAAAGCAGAGGAGGAGGAGCAGGAAGAUGAAGAGGAGGUGCCAAAGAGGGGCAAAGGCAAAGCCAAGAAAAGCGCAGAGGAGGAGGAGCAGGAUGAUGAAGAGGAUGUGCCAAAGAGGGGCAGAGGCAAAGCAAAGAAAGUGGAGGAGAAGCAGGAUGAUGAAGACGAGAGGCCAAAGAGGGCCAAAGGCAAAGCCAAGAAAGUGGAGGAGGAGCCGGAUGAUGAAGAGGAUGAGCCAAAGAGGGCCAAAGGCAAAGCCAAGAAAGUGGAGGAGGAGGAGCCGGAUGAUGAAGAGGAUGAGCCAAAGCGGGCCAGAGGCAAAGCCAAGAAAAGCGAGGAGGAGCAGGAUGAUGAAGAGGAUGAGCCAAAGAGGGGCAAAGGAAAGAGGGCCACAGGCAAAGCCAAGAAAGUGGAGGAGAAGCAGGAUGAUGAAGAGGAUGAGCCAAAGAGGGCCAGAGGCAAAUCCAAGAAAGCGGAGGAGGCAGAAGCAGUGGAGCUUUCAAGUGGAUCGGAGAAGGAAGAGGAUGAAGAGGCCUUCCCGAAGCGGGGCAAAGGCCAAAACAAAAAAGGCACAGGGAAGGGCAACGACAAGAGGAUGUUGCAUGAUGAGGAGGAUGCGCCAGGGACCAUGAAAAAGAUGAGCAAAGGCAAGAAAGCGCAGGAAGAGGAGGAGGAUGGUGAAGACAUGUCAAGGAAAUGCAAAGGAAAGGGACAAGCCAAGAAGAAGGAGCAGCAUGAUGAUGAAGAGGAGGUGCCAAAGAGGGGCAAAGGCAAAGCCAAGAAAAGCGAGGAGGAGCAGGAUGAUGAAGAGAAUGAGCCAAAGAGGGGCAGAGGCAAAGCCAAGAAAGCGGAGGAGGAACAGGAUGAUGAAGAGGAGAGGCCAACGACGGGCAAAGGAAAGAGAGGCAAAGGCAAAGCCAAGAAAGUGGAGGAGGAGGAGGAGCAGGAUGAUGCAGAGGAGGUGCCAAAGAGGGCCAGAGGCAAAGCCAAGAAAAGCGAGGAGGAGCAGGAUGAUGAAGAGGAUGAGCCAAAGAGGGGCAAAGGAAAGAGAGGCAAAGGCAAAGCCAAGAAAGUGGAGGAGAAGCAGGAUGAUGAAGAGAAUGAGCCAAAGAGGGGCAGAGGCAAAGCCAAGAAAGUGGAGGAGGAGCAGGAUGAUGAAAAGGAGGUGGCACACAAGGGCAAGCGCAAAGCCAAGAAAGUGGAUGCUGAAGAGGAUGCCGCAAAGAGGGCCAAAAAGUCACCCGGUGACCUGGGCAAGAUGAUGCCACCGGCGCAUAUAAGGUCCAACCACAUCUACAGCAAUGCCUAUCGCUUCAGCCUGGCUUUAGGGCACGACCUGGAGGCUGCUAGGACACGGGCCAGGGAUGCAGCGGAGGAGUUCCGCAAAACUGGCAUGGUUCCAGUGGACUAUGUGAAUGGGUUCAGGGGCCCCAAUUCAAAGAAGCCGUCGAAGGAUAUCAAGGAUCCCAAACCAAAGGCCAAGUCGAAGUCUGGCAAAGCCAACGCAGGAUCGAAGGCAAAGGCCAAGAAGUAA